AUGACUGAGAGUAUAUUAAACCUCACCCUAGAGAUAAUCUACUUGCUAACUCAAGAGAAUUAUACAGUAGUGAAGAGGACCUCUACAUGUACUGAAUUCCUGACACCAAGCAGCCUUUCAAAUGUGUCAGAAUCAUGGAGCAAGACCCAGUUCCCCAUUGUGGUGCCAUCGCCUCAUUUUCAGCUACCGGAGAAACAUAAGAUACUAGAAAUCACCAACAAGAUCAUUGAGCUACUGACAGGAGAGGUUCCUAUAAGGAGUCAGAAUGUCGCUGUCUAUCUCUCCAUGGAGGAGUGGGAGUAUUUAGAAGAACACAGGGAUCUGUACAAGGACGUCAUGAUGGAGAAUCACCAGCUCCUCACCUCACAGGUUGGACCCAGUAACACAAAUUAUGAGAAGUGUUCUAGUCAUUUUUUAUCACCGUAUUGCCGAAAGGAAAAUCCUUAUGUCCCACUGGAGCAUCAAUUAGACAGAGAUGAGAGUGAGGACCUGAUCAAUUUUAAAGUUGAAGGUAUAGAAGAAGAUGUGUAUGUGAGACAUGAGCAUCUGUUUAAGGAAAAGGAAAUUAUUGUAGAUAUCAACCCAGCAGAUGACUGUACCAGACAAUCAGAGGUAUACUGUUUACCUCUAGAUUACGAAGUAGACAUUAAAGACUCCUCUUACCAUACCUCUCAAGAACACUUCAGCACUCCACAUAUACCAUCAGUCCUUCACAGCGGAGAUCCAUCUUCUGAUCCAGCUAACCACAAGGAAACUUCACCUGAUCAAUCACAGAUUGUUAAAAAAAACUACAGAACAUAAAGAGGGUAAAAGUUUUCAAUGUUCAGAAUGUGGGAAAUUUUAUAAAAAUGCCUUUAAUCUUUAUAUGCAUAGCAGAAUUCACAGAAAUGAAAGACCAUAUGCUUGUUCGGAAUGUGGGAAAUGUUUUACCAAGAAAUCGAUUC